GCAUAAUCGAUAAGUACCCAGCCAGCCAUCACACAUCAAGGGGCGCAUUACGUCCGUGAGCGACGCCUGUCCCGUGGGAGCCGCACCUUCUUUGAUCCCUCGUUCAGCCACCGUUGAUUGCGAAACCUUUGUCCAUAAGCAUAUCGUUGCCUCUUCUGGUAAUCGAUAGAGAAUUCGAUCCUCCCCCGCCGAACAUCGAGAUAUUGGACAAUAGCGAGGAGCGCCCGUGACAGCCCUUGGAAGCUACUGCGUUAAAGUCGAUUUGCCCUGCUCAGUACCAUCAUGGUGUCUUGAAAGGCACUGAAAACGGCCGGCUACCUCACCUUUCUAACCUCCUUCAUCCAUCCGAGUCGAAUUGAAACGACACACGACCCAAUGGUCAAGAUGGCUCCCUUCGAAAUGGCUUCCCUCGAAGCCAGAUCCGUCCUCGCAAAGCGCUAUUUCCCCUACCCCAAUAGCCUGGAUCCCCUCACCCCGGUGUUCAAAACUGGCCUUAUCCCCGUAGCGCUCUUCGCCAUGAUGUCGCUGAUAUCAGUUUCGGCGCUCAUCUGCUUCAUCACAUACCGCUUAAUAUCCUGGCGCAAGCACUACAAGGAGUACGUCGGAUACAAUCAAUAUGUCCUCCUCAUCUACAACCUGCUGCUGGCGGAUCUGCAGCAGUCCAUCGCCUUCACGAUCUCGUUCCACUGGUUGAGGCUGGACAAGAUCCUUGCGCCUACGGCCGCGUGCUUCGUCCAAGGCUGGUUCUUGCAUAUCGGCGAUGUGGCGAGCGGGUUCUUCGUGCUGGCCAUUGCGAUACAUACGUGGUUUGGCGUUGUGAAGGGAGUUAGGAUGCCGUACAAGUGGUUCGUCGCGUCGAUCCUGUUGAUUUGGGGCCUGGCGUUGCUCCUGACUAUUCUUGGACCGGCGAUGCAUGGAGACCAUUACUUUGCGCGAGCUGGAGGAUGGUGCUGGGUUUCCGUUGAUUUCGAGGCCGAACGCCUGUGGCUUCACUACCUCUGGAUCUUCAUCGUCGAAUUCGGCACCAUUGCCAUCUACGCCCACGUUUUCUUCUACCUGCGAAAGAGCAUCCGAAACAUCAUGCACAACGACACGAGCAAGCUCUCGCGAGCCACCAGAUUCAUGGUCUUGUACCCGGCGGCGUACGUCAUCCUCACGUUCCCGAUUGCCCUGGGUCGAAUGAUUACAAUGGCUGGUGUCGACAUGCCCGACAUCUUCUUCUGCAUCGCUGGAGCCUUUUUGGCGUCCUGCGGCUGGAUUGACGCUGUCCUCUACACACUAACCCGUCGCGUAUUCAUCGGCGGCGACAUCUCCAGCCACCACUACAAUCGAACUGUAACCGCCAUAUCAAUGAACGCCUCCCGUCCAGGAGACGACACCCACUUCGGGCUGCAGUCGAUGAACAAAGAAGUCGGGACUGCACGCACGGUAACGAUCGUCGGAGGCAGCAACCGCAUGUCGCGCAUCGUCGACCACUCGCGAGGCCGCAAAGGCGCCCGUGGAAGGGGACUUGAGGAUACUCUCCGCGAAACAAGUCCGACGGGAUCUCAGGACUCGAUAAUGAAGCCCGGACCCAACGUCAUCGGCAUAACUACUGAGACAAACAUCCAGGUGGAAUCCGCCAGCGAAAGCAGUAGCCCCAUCAUUCCGGGCAGGUUAGUAUCGAGAAACCCGAGCCAAAGCGGCUUCAGUACGCAUUCGAGGUGAUCGCCGCGUAGCGUAGAUGCAUUUGUAGAGGAGUAUUUGAAUGUAACGGCCUUUAUGCAUUGUAGAUGCCGAUGCUGCUGGUUUGGCUCGGGGUGA